AUGGCCUUAUUUGCUAAGAAUAAGAUGCAAUUCAUCGGCAACUCUCUACCUCAACCAUCACCUCCCUCUCCGGACGUGCAGCUUUGGGACCGAUGCAACUUCAUGGUCCUCUCAUGGCUUCUCAACAUACUUUCAUGCACCAUUGCGGACAGUGUGAUCUAUGCGGAGUCUGCCGCUGCUGUGUGGAAGGAACUUGAGGAAAGGUUUUCUCGUAGCAAUGCUCCUCAGGUCUUCCACCUCAAACAAGCCAUUGUGACCAUCCAACAAGGCAUUGACUCGUUGGCUGUUUACUGCACCCAUCUCAAAGUCCUUUGGGAUGAAUUGUCCUCAUAUGUAUCAGCCCCAUCUUGCACUUGCGGUGCCCAGUCUCAGCUCCAUUCCGUUGCCCAAGAGGAGUGCGUAUACCAUUUGCGCAUGGGUCUAUCUGACAGCUAUGCCGCCAUCCGAUCUCAAAUACUCACCAUGGACCCUUUGCCUAAUGUCCAUCGUGCAUAUUAUCUCAUCCUCCAGGAAGAACAACAGCGUGCCCUCACCCCUACGCCUUCCCUACCCGACACGGCUGCCAUGGCUGCCAACAGGGCUGCUCCAACCUAUGUUCCUCGUGGCGAUGCUCAACGAUCACAGGGACGCCCCACACAACAAUUCCAUGGCUGCUCCAAUCGCAACCGUCCUUACUGCGAUCAUUGUAAUGCCUAUGGCCAUACCAGUGAGAAGUGUUGGCCACUUUAUGGUUACCCUCCGGGUCACCAACAUCGAUCCAACAUGUCACAGACCUUGGACCACGCGAUCGAUAAUCCUCGCCAUGUCAAUGACCUGUCAACGAUGAAGCCGAUUGGGGUGGGAAUGCUGCGUGAUGGCCUUUAUCACUUCUGUCCGCCGGGUACAUCUUCCGAACCUACUACCUUCACUGAGGCCAUGAAACAUGCUCACUGGAGAAAAGCUAUGGAGGUUGAAAUUCAAGCCUUGGAACAGAAUCAGACUUGGUCAUUACAACCACUACCUGCAGUUCGUAGUCUCCUCUCCAUUGCUGUUGUGCGAGGUUGGCACUUACAUCAGCUAGAUGUCAAUAAUGCCUUUCUACACGGCGAUCUCCAUGAAGAGGUCUACAUGCGCAUUCCACCUGGCUUUUCCAAACAAGGGGAGACUCGAUAUUGCAAACUCCAAAAAUCGCUUUAUGGCCUUAAACAAGCCUCUAGGAAUUGGUUUGCAACAUUGACUCGAUCGCUUCUUGAUUUCGGUUAUCGCCAAUCCAAGGCUGAUUACUCUUUGUUUGUUAAAAAUACCGGCACCACGUAUACUGUCAUUCUAGUAUAUGUUGACGACAUCAUUGUGGUCAGCGAUGAUCACAUAACCAUUCAGAGCCUCAUCUCCUUCCUCAAUCAUCGGUUCAAGCUAAAGGAUCUGGGCAAACUAAAGUUUUUUCUUGGCCUUGAGGUUACGCGCAGCUCCAAUGGUAUCUUCCUUAAUCAAUGGAAAUACACUUUGGAUAUCCUAUCAGAAUCAGCUUCUUUAAGUACUGAAAAUUCUAUAACAGAGCUGAAUCUUAAGGUCGAGAAUCGAACCCAUCAAACUUACUCUUCUGCUGGUUCUCUCCAGGGUUCUUGCUCUUCCAGCAUUACUCUCAGUCUUUCCCGUCUCGCUCCUUCUUCUGACCCUGAAUCCUUUAGAUCCAUCUCUUUCUCUUCUCUUAUCCACGGUCUCUCUUUCAAGUACUGGAUCAACAUGAAGCAAAAGCUGCUAGUGCAGUUCUCUAGAAUUUCCGCAGUCGUAAGACCAGAGACCGUUUCCGACAAAAUUUCCAUCGACACCUCUCUUAGUCCAAGAGUUAAUUCUGUUAAGCCCUCGAAGACGGUGGCCAUAACUGUAAGGGCAACUGCACUUGCCCAUGCUGGAGUGCCUGUUAUACUCUUAGCUGCUGGAGAACCUGAUUUUGAUACCCCUUCUGUGAUCGCUGAGGCUGGGAUCAAUCCUAUCUCUGAAGGUCACACUAGGUACACCCCUAAUGCUGGUGCUUUAGAGCUUCGUACCGCAAUUUGUCGUAAAUUGAAGGAGGAGAAAGGGCUUACUUAUACACCUGAUCAGAUUUUGGUCAGUAAUGGAGCAAAGCAAUGUAUCCUGCAAGCUGUGAUGGCAGUUUGUUCUCCCGGGGAUGAGGUUAUAAUUCCAGCUCCAUAUUGGGUCAGCUACCCAGAAAUGGCGAGGCUGGGUGAUACAAAGCCUGUGAGUCUUCCAACACUCAUCUCGAACAAUUUUCUAUUAGACUCAAAGCUUCUCGCAUCCAAACUCAGUGAUAAGUCUAGACUGCUGAUUCUUUGUUCCCCAUCCAAUCGAACUGGUUCAGUUUAUCCCAAAAGACUGCUUGAGGAGAUUGCUGAAAUAAUAUCAAAUCAUCCCAGGCUUUUGGUACUGUCCGAUGAGAUUUAUGAAUACAUCAUUUAUGCACCAGCAACUCAGCCGGGUAUGUGGGAGAGGACUCUCACAGUCAAUGGGUUUUCUCAGGCCUUCGCAAUGACUGGCUGGAGACUUGGGUACCUUGCUGGUCCCAAACACUUUGUUCCCUUUAUGUGUGAGCUUUCCACUUCAGAUGCUAGCAGCAUUUCACAGAAAGCAGUGGUUGCUGCUUCAGGAAUGGGUUAUGCUGGAGGUGAAGCAGUGUCUACUAUGGUAAAAACAUUCCAGGAACGGCGGGAUUUCUUGGUUAAAAGCUAUAAAGAAUUAGAGGGUGUCAAGAUAUCAGAGCCCCAGGUACCAGCUUGGUGCUUUCUAAGCUUCUACUAUGGAACAGAAGCCAAAGGCUUUAAUGUUAUCAAGGAUUCAGACUCUCUUUGCUGGUAACUCCUUGAUCAAGCACAGGUUUCACUUGUACCUGGAGAUGCAUUUGGGGAUGGCAGCUGCAUCCGUAUCUCAUAUGCAGCGGCCCUUGCUUCACUGCAAGCAUCCUUGGAGAGGAUCAAGAUGGCUUUGGCUCUACUCAGGACGGUUGUUCCUGCUUGGUAAGGAAAAGUUUCU